AUGGCUGACCAAAAUGAGUUGGACCAGUUAGCCACUGCCGAAUUGCUACGCUUACAGCGUCAGCAUCGAUGCCUUAAGCUGGAUUUACAGGGAUUGCUGGAGGAGAAAUCUAAACGGCUGAAAAAACAAACUCAAACAAUAAAUUCUCUACAGUUGGAUUGUGAAAAACUGAGGAAUGAAGUCAAAUCUCUAGAAGGCGGUACUCACGCGCGAAGGAACUAUAGUAGGGAAAAGCAUUUAGGGUCACUUCAAAAACAGAAAACAGAAUUGCAGAGGGUACUUCAAGCUGAGCGGUCCAAUCUCUGGGAACUUGAGGGGCACAUAAAAAAAAUGGAAAAAGAAAUUGAUGCGCUCCGGAGAAAUGAAAUACCUGACAACUGCUAUAAAGAUACAAUUGGCAAGGUUCAGAAGAGCGUAGUUAAGCUCGAAAAUCGUUUGGAUGUCGUAAAUAAAAAGUGCAGUGAUGUGUUAACAGAAAAUAGUAAAAUGCGUGAUGCGAUCAAUCAUAUGUUGCAGGAUCGAUCCAAUUUCAAUGACAUGUGGCAAUCCAUGGUUGCGGAAUUUAAUGAUGGCAAAAAAUAUAUAAUGGACCUAAUUGAUCAAUCUACUCUAGCUUUUGAUCAACGGGAAGAGCUAAGUAAUAAAGUACAAGUACUUAAGGAUCGUAAUGAGAAUGACAAGAUAAUGCAUAUUCAGGAAAUGCGAGAAAUGCAACGUCGUCUAGAGCACGAUGCACAAUUGCAAAAGUUUUACGAUACAAAAGGACAAAGACGCCUUAAUCCCGAGCUAGAGCAACGCGAAAAUGAUAAGAAAAAGGCACAAAAGGAAAGCUUCGAACGCCAGCUUUUCGAAUAUAAGGAUAUUAUUGAGAAAAUAAAACAUAUUUAUAGUGAACAGGAAUCUGGGAGAUUAGUGGCACAGUUUAAAAGGCAGGAAGAUGAAAACUUCGCACUGUUUAAUUAUGUAAACGAACUAAGUCAUGAAGUAGAAGUUCUAAACGAUUCUACACAAGAGUUGGUCGAAGAAAUCGAGCGUCAGAAGUCAGAGAAAAUUGAUAAGGAGGUAAAGAUGAAGACCGAAGCUGUUGAUUACUUAAAUAGUGAGCUGUUUCGUAUAGAACAAAUGGUGAAAUCUACAAAGCAAAAUAAAUGUAUCCUAUGUACACGACUCCAGGAUUUACUAAAAGGAAUUGAGAACAUAUUUAAGCAGCUUUCAUGUACCGAUGCUCCAAUUCUAAGUAUUCUUAGCUGUAAGCCCUUCUUAACAAUCCACAACGUAAAGCUUCAUAUUGGAGUAAUAGAACGCCGAAUAAAUCUGGUUAUUAGCACCAUAAAUAUUGAAGACAACUCUAAUAAAAUACUUGCAAAGAAGGAUCGGAUUCCCAAAUUUAAUUUACGAGAAUCGAUUAAAAAUAAAAACUAA